UCCUUUUGUUUCGCCCAUUCCCCCGGCUGGACUUGGGUUUCCAUGACGUAAUUGUCUUGGCGUACAGUGGUCAUGUAACUAAAACAGGAAAAACGUAUAUACGCGUGUUAUUAUAAAACACUAAUGUCACGCGUUUUGGUCACCACAGUUUUAACGCGUGUACGUUUGCGUUCACAUCUGACGUUUAACAGGAGGAAGCUAAACAGGGUUUCUUUAUUUUUAUUUUUUUUACCGCUCACAUUUUAUAUCACUGCCUAAGUCAAAGUAAUUUAUUUUAUUUUUUCUCUUUACACAUUAAAAAACCUUUUUAUGACAAAACUCAGUCAUUGUGAUGGCUUUUGUGUACUGGUCUUUAAGACGACUGUAAGCAGAGCAGACAGAGCUGGACUCCUGAGUUUCCUCGGCGUUUUAACCACUUGUUUAUCGACUCCGGCGUGUUUUGAGGACCGUCAAAAGCAGGGGGCGCAGUGGAGAGCACCUUGGUCUUUGUUUACAAUAAUUAUGUGACAGGAAUUUUGCCUUCUUUCUUCUUCUUUAUUAUUUCAUCAGUUAAACCAGUGGCGUUUCGGGCACCUUUUUGUUUCCACUCACAGCAGGCUCUGUGUUCGCCAAAUCUCUAUUUUGAUUUUGAAAUCUCAGCAAUUUCAAUCAGUAAGGGGAAAAAAAAAAAAACACCAUUCUUUUUCUUACUAACCUACUAAAUAUGUAUGUUUCUUUGCAGAAUUAUUGGGACAAGCUAUCUCCAACAAAUUGCCAGACUUGAUUAAAGGAGGCUUUCUAAAGGUCCAGUGUGAACUGUGUGGCCGAGUAUCUGUGCGUUGCGACUGAUUGGCGAGAUGACUGCCGAGUGGCUACACCUGCCCCCGCCGUACCCCCCUGGUGUGGGGCCGUUGUAUGGUGCAGAGUUGGAGGCGUGGUAUGAGGACCUGCAGGAUAUUCUGGGCUCUGACACAGGAGGGGCAAAACUGGCACGAGCCCCUACAUGCACCGAGAAGGAGCCAGAGUUCAUGGAUGUCCUGGAAAGUUGCUCUCUGACGUGGCUGACUGAUGGCAGCCAGACAUGGGGUGACGGUGUCCAGAGGACCACAGAGGAGAUCCACAGCACCCAGACCCUGCAUCACAACUCGUCGUCAUCCUCCUCUUCCUCCUCCUCCUGCAUGAGUCCAGCUGUUACAGAAGAACGGCAGGUGGAGGCUGAGGGUGGGAGAAGUGGAGAUGGCUCGGCAGGAGGUGGCAGUGACUUGCUGCCUCCCGAGUUCUUCGAGUUGCUGAGUGAUGGAGGAGUGGGAAUGGUGGAUGCGAGUGGAGCAGUGAUCGGCGGUGGCUAUUAUUACCACCACCAGCACCACCAGGCUAAUGUCCAUCCUGCAUCUCCCUCAGCCAGCGAGGAGGAACUGCCUUGCGUCCCCGAUUCGCCAUCUUGCUCCUCUUCAGCCUCCCAGUCACCAUCUCAAAUUUGUUCUUCUCCCUCUUCACCCGUGUCUUCUCCCACUGUUUACCCAUCCUCCCGUUUGGGAAAACGCAAGAGGACCACCAGCGAGAGGGCCAACGGUGCCUUGUCCUCUUUUGUUUCCUCCUCGCAGCGCUCAUCCUACUCAUCUACCAAAAAGAGUCGCAAAGAAAGAGAGCAGGAGAACGAGAGGAAGGUACAGGAGCUGACAGAGCAGAACGAGCGUCUUAAAGCAGAAAUCGAAAGGCUGGGAGAGGAGGUACAGAGGACACGAAGAGCCCUUAUCGAGAGACUAGUCAACACCAGAAAAUGAGAGGGAGGUGGUGAAGGAGGACAGGAAUAAAAUAUGUCAGGUCCUACAGAAUUCGAACAAGCAGUGGUGGGGAAAGGUGUAACAGGGUGGUCAUGAAAUGCCUCUUAGAAGAAUGGAAACCAAAGAUAAAUUUUUAUAAGUGAGGAUUUUGUUUCUUGUAAAAGACGGAUAAAGAUUGCAAGAGGAAGGAAAGUGAUGAAAGUCAAGACAUGAAAGGGUACAGAGAGAAAAGGGGCUGCAACAGCAUUGCGGCUUUUCGAAAGACACAGCAUGUAUGAAGGAGAACAGACGGCUCUAAGUGCAAAUCACGCAGAGGUUUUAAUGAAUGUCAUUUUGAGGAAUGCCUAAUGAGAUCCAUAUUUUGAGUUGCAUGUAGGACAGAAAGGAACUUCGUUUAAAGAGCAUUUCACUGAUAGAUCUUCCCACCAUUUUGCAAUAAAUUGUAACUCCUACUUUAAGGGCUGCAAUCUGGCUAGCAGAGAUUAUUUGCCCCAAUUUGUGGAGAGUUUAGGAGCUCAGGAAAAGUCUGAAAGUGCCCAGUGCAGUGUGAGUAUGAGAGAAUGCUUUUUAUUUGUGGGGGGAGGAAAAAAAAAAGACAUCAUUUUCUUACUUUUGUAUAACCCAUGGCUUGUGUGUAUGUGUAUUUACAUAAAGCAAGUAGGAACCGGCUCUACUUUCUAAGCUGACCUUUUCUAUUAUGGGAAUUUGUGGUAGAAUUAUUAAGAGCUCUUCUACCCUUAUUUACUAUUUUUAUAUAAUGCUGUAAUAUAUACAAUUGUACUGUAAAGGCUUGUACUGUAAUAUACCAACAUAUCCACUGUUAUUUUCUCAUUGUAAUCACUUAAAUUGUUAAUUGCAGAAUAUUGCAUGCAUGGCUUUUGUCACUGAUGGCAUUAAAUAUGUAUUUUACCAUACCAUUCAUUUUAUCCUGCGUUGUAACACACCCAAUUUGCAAUAAACAAGAAAACUAGAAUA